AUGGCCUCUGAAAAUCAGAACGACCGAGUAUACAACUCCAACGAGACAACUCCUCGCAUCACGCAGGAGACCCUAUCAGAGCCCCCUACAUCAGAUCUGAAUACGAAAUCCAAAGAUAGUUUCGAUAUGGAGGACCAAGCGCCGGGGCCCGAGAGCCCUGAUGCAAGAGACCUGGAGACAGAGAGCACAGAUAUCGAACGCGCAGACGGUCAACCGUCCGAGAAGACACCCGCAGCAGAUUCCAAUUUGGUAGAAUGGGAUGGCCCAGACGACCCCGAGCACCCGCAAAACAUGCCACACUGGAAAAAAUGGGUCUUGACGAUGACUUUAUCCUCGAUGACCAUGUGGAUCACCUUCGCUAGCAGCGUCUUCUCAACUGCAACGGUGGUGACGGCUAAGGAGUACCACGUAUCAACUGAAGUCAUGACUUUGGCUACCAGUCUGGUCGUGUUCGGAUUCGCUCUUGGUCCCAUCGUGUGGGCUCCCAUGUCUGAGCUCUAUGGACGCAGGCUGCCGCUGUUCUUGGGCUACGCCAUCUUCGCAAUCUUCCAGAUUCCCGUAGCAGUGGCACAAAAUGUCCAGACCAUCAUGGUCUGCCGCUUCCUCAUCGGUGUUUUUGGUUGCUCGCCUCUAGCGGUUGUUGGCGGCGCAAUGGCCGACUUCUGGGAUCCCGUCGACCGCGCUGUGGCUAUUGCCUUGUUCUCGGCUGCCACCUUCGUUGGUCCUACACUUGGCCCUAUCAUCGGUGGAUUCAUCACGGAGUCGUAUCUCGGCUGGCGCUGGACUGCAUGGAUCACGUUGAUUCCGUCUGCGGCCUUCGGCACUCUGGCCUUCUUCAUUGUUCCUGAGACCUACGGUCCUGUCAUCCUUCAGAGACGCGCGGCUCGCCUUCGCCGCGAGACGGGCAACUGGGCACUGCACAGCCUCCUCGACGAAAGUCGCCCUACCGCUUCCGAAAUCGUCAACAAAUAUCUGCUGCGCCCUAUUCAAAUGCUUUUCCUCGAGCCAAUCCUGUUGCUCAUCACGAUCUACCUGGCACUGGUGUAUGGAAUUCUGUACCUUUUCUUCGAAGCGUACCCUAUAUCGUUCCAAGAGGUUCGCGGCUGGACCAACGGAGGCAUUGCUGGCCUUCCCUUUAUCGGAAUCCUGGUCGGAGUAGUCUGUGGCGUGGCAUUGAUCGUCUGGCAGACCAAGACUCGGUUUGCACGCAAGUUGGCGAAGCACGGCCGCGUUGUCCCUGAGGAGCGUCUAGUUCCAAUGAUGGUCGCAUCCGUUCUUCUGCCGGCCGGUCUCUUCUGGUUCGGCUGGACCUCGAGCCCUCAUAUCUCGUGGGUGCCUCAGGUCCUUGCAGGGAUCCCCAUCGGCAUGGGCAUCUUGGUCAUCUUCAUGCAAGGUCUCAACUACAUCAUCGAUGUGUACAUGAUGUUCGCCAACUCGGCCAUCGCUGCCAAUACGCUGAUUCGAAGCAGUCUCGGUGGUGCCUUCCCGCUCUUUGCCGUGCAGAUGUACAAUAAGCUCGGCGUAGCUUGGGCCUCCAGUCUGCUUGGUUUCAUCACGGUUGCGAUGAUCCCGAUUCCCAUUGUCUUCUAUAUCUAUGGCAAGAAGAUCCGAGCUAUGAGCAAAUACUCUCCCAAGCUCUGA